ACUUGUACGCGUAUCAGUCGAUCCUUAAAUUUUAUUAUAUUUAAAUGAUAAUACAAUAAAGUUACUUUUAUUAUUUUUAUUUUCUAAUGCUUAUGUUGAGUGAAUGGCAAUAAUUAUUUUCUCCGUUUCAUUUUAUGUGCAGUGGAAGGAGGGAUUAUUGAUUGAAGGGGACGGAGGAAUCUUUUGAACUUAGUGCAAACAUGGGUUGGGUGGUGGGGGAGAGGGAGUUUUUUUUGUCAUUUUCUGUUCAAGCUCUAGCCAUUUUUAGGAACAAAAACUCAAAAAUAUUUGUCAUUUUUUCAUUGGAUAAAGAAUCACAGGAAGAGCCAUUUUCCAUCUAUCUUCCAUUCCUUUACUACUAGUGUUAAACUGAUAGGUACUAAGCAAUAAAAAUGGCAAACAAAGAAGGUGAAGUAGUGUGUGUUACUGGAGGAAGUGGUUUCAUUGGUUCAUGGCUUGUUCGUUUUCUCCUUGAACGUGGCUAUACUGUUCAGGCCACUGUUAAAGAUCUCAAUGACGAGAAAGAGACGAAGCAUUUACUUGCCUUAGAAGGGGCUGAAUCCCGUCUCCGUCUUUAUCAAAUUGAUCUGCUUAACUAUCACUCAAUUGUUCCUGCAAUUACUGGUGCUGUUGGCGUUUUUCACCUUGCUUCCCCUUGCAUUGUUGAUGAAGUUAAAGAUCCUGAGAAUGAUCUUCUGUCGCCAGCAAUCAAAGGCACCAGUAACGUACUUACAGCAUCAAAGGAGCUCGGGGUUAAGCGUGUGGUGGUGACUUCAUCUAUAUCGGCCAUCAUCCCAAGUCCUAAUUGGCCGGCUGAUCAUAUCAAGAAUGAGGAUUGCUGGACUGACAUUGAAUACUGCAAACAGAAUGGGGUAUGGUAUCCUUUGUCAAAAACACUUGCUGAAAAAGAUGCUUGGGAAUUUGCCAAGGAAAAAGAUUUGGAUAUUGUUGUGGUGAAUCCAGGAACUGUAAUGGGACCUAUUCUCCCACCAACCCUUAAUGCUAGCAUGCUGAUGAUUCUUCGUCUUCUUCAAGGCUGCACCGAUACAUAUCAAGAUUUCUUUAUGGGAUUAGUUCAUGUCAAGGAUGUGGCAUUAGCACAUAUUCUUGUUUAUGAAAACAAAUCAGCAAAAGGAAGGCACGUGUGUCUUGAAGCCAUAACUCACUAUGGUGAUUUCGCGGCUAAGGUUGCAGAGCUUUACCCUGAAUUUAACAUUCCUAGGUUGCCAAAAGAUACUCAACCUGGACUAUUAAGGACCAAGGAGGGAGGUAAGAAGUUGAUGGACUUGGGACUGCAAUUUAUCGAGAUGGAGCAAAUAAUUGAGGACGCUGUUGAGAGUUUGAAGAUGAAGGGAUAUAUUUCUUAAAUGUCUAUAGUAGUUGUGUUAGUAAACAUUGUUUGGAUGAUCCUUUCAGUGCCUUGACACAUGAUUCAUGAAAUGGAAAAAUCUUGAUAAGAAUUUUGUAAUAUGAUUUGGUUCUGUCUUUGGCCUAUAAACAUAGCUUUGAUUCA